UAUUUAUAUAGAAUGGAUCAUAUUCCCCGUCUAUCAGAGGUCCUGUAUAUUGGUCUGUGUCGUGAGAUAGGGACACCGACAGAAGUGGCCAUCAGAAGGGACGUGUUGGACAUAGAGGAGAGGAUAAAAAGUCCUCUUUACAUGCAUAUAGGAUUUAUACUGAUGGAUAGUGGUAGUUAUAGAGAGGGAUUUAGAUUUACAUCAUCUGACAGGGAUAGAAUGCUCUGGCUUUGUAAUUGUAAACUAAUAACUGACAUCUGCCAUUUCCGGAUCUACAAUUCCUCAAAACAUCAAAUAAUAUUGAUGGAAGAUUCUGAAACACCACCAGGAUUUGUCAGACUACGCCUUCUGACACCAAAUUAUGCACAAUCCAGUUUCAUAAACUCAUGUCUUGUUGCUUUUAAUGGCGGUCUUUACAUAUCAAGUUCUUUAACGAGGAAUACUUUUUUUAAUCUCUUAACAGGUAACAGAUUUUCUUCAUACAAAAAUAAAACCAUUCAUGGCCCUUGUACAAAUGGCUUUUUUAAAUCUGUUGAAGUCGAUCAUGCUCUUUGUUUUGCCAUUAUUUGUUGCAAUAAAUUCUUAAGAAAUUUGGUGGAAAGAUGCCAGAGACAUGCUUGGCCGCCUGUACCUGUGUUGGAAAAAAUUCUAAGAAAUGGAUGUCACUGUGUACCUAUUGGAAGUAAACUUGAUUCGCCUUAUAACGAACUUGAAUGGAGAUUGUCGUUUUCUCUGGCCGAACAACAACUAGUGUGUACCAUGAAUCAUACACAAUUUCUGUGUUACGGACUUCUGAAAAUAUUUUUGAAGGAAGUUAUGAAUAACCGACAAGAACCAAUACUGUGUUCGUAUUACAUGAAGACCACAGUGUUUUGGAUAAUGCAAUUGGGGCACGUUAAUUGGCACCCAAUUAAUUUUUUGGACUGCUUUUGGAAGUGCUUCAAAUACCUGAUUCAUUUUGUUUAUCGUGGAGAGUUUUCCAAUUUUUUUAUUCCAGAAAACAAUAUGUUCCUAAACAAAGUAGUUGGUGAUACACGUGAAUCUCUUUUACAACAGCUUUAUCAGUAUUACAGAAUGGGUGUGUCCUGUUUACUGCUGAGUCCGACUCUCAGAUCAAUCCUAGAACCUGCCCUCUGUAACCUGUCCUUUGCAGUAUCCUUUACUGAGAAUAUUACAGAUAUAAAUUUGUGUGGCAUGCAGGAGAUAUUGGGCCUCUCGUUUCGUAUUGAAGAGCUAUGCCAUUGUUAUCUCUACUUGACAUCAAUUGAUAAACUAUCACGGUUAUCAAUUUUACCAUACCAAUUAUUAACAUUACAGUAUUGUACUGCUGAGACUCUUGUUAAAUUAGCCUUCAUAAUGGCAAAUAGUACCUCAGGUUACACACAUAAAAAUAUCUACAUCUUAGAUAGAAUGAUCUGUAACAUGCUGAAACUUGUAGCAAAGUUAGGCCCCGCGUCUUAUUCAUUAUAUCUAGCAUUGUAUUACUAUAGAACAGGGAGAUAUGAUAAAACUCUACUUAUCACUUUUCUCACUAAGCGAAGACUGUCGCAGGACUUUGUUAUCUAUUAUAGCAAACCAGCUGUUGAUUGGCAUAGUUACAAUGAAGCUUUAGGUAAUCUAUCUUUGUCUAGAAGGAUGACAAUGACCUGGGUAUGCAAUGUGAGGAUAUCCGACAAUAAUCCAUGUAUUGAAGAACUAAUUUUUGAACAAAGUGUAAUUCAACAAAAUGGAUUUCCAAUCUUAGAAAUAUCACCGUUUGUUAUGGUAGAAAUGUUGUCAGUGUUAUCUCACUAUAGACUAGGUAAUAGAUCUCAGUGUUUACAGUCACGGACAGACCUACAGACACUGCUGCUCUAUGAUGAUGGGACUUACGUGCCUUUAAAAUUUAUAGACAUAUCCUGGCAGAUACUGGGGAUCUGUCAGCAUAUUAUUGGAGACUUACACGGGGCUUUGCAGUCUUAUCAGGAGUCGCUUAAACAGGAAGCAUACCAUGGAAUACAAGAAGCUACAUAUAUUAGAAUAGAAUGGGUUAAAGAACAAUUAGACAGAAACACAUAA